AUGGAGAAGGAGGCGGCGGCGGAGGCGGAGCUUGAGAUCCCCGGCGAGUGCCAGUACGACGGGGACCCCGUGGUGGUGCGGCCGAGCCAGCCGACGCCGCGCCACACCCUGCACCUCUCCAACCUCGACGACCAGCGGUUCCUCCGUUUCUCCAUCAAGUACCUCUACGUCUUCGCGGCGCACGCCGCUGUGUCCGCCGACUCGCUGCGGGCGGCGCUGGGCCGGGUGCUCGUCGACUACUACCCGCUCGCGGGCCGGCUCCGGCCGAGCGACGACGAGGAGGGGAAGCUCGUCGUGGACUGCAAUGCCGAGGGGGCGCUCUUCGCCGAGGGGCGCCUCCCGGGGCUCACCGCCGCCGACUUCCUCCGCGGCCGCGGCGGCGCCAGGCCGCACAAGUCCUGGAGGAAGCUGCACUACAGGGUGGAGGCGCAGAGCUUCGUCGCCGUGCCACCUCUCGUCGUCCAGGUCACUUGGCUCGGCUGCGGUGGCAUGGUCCUCUGCACCGCCAUCAACCACUGCCUCUGCGACGGCAUCGGCACCGCGCAGUUCCUCCACGCCUGGGCGCGCGCCGUGCGCGGCGGUGGCGGCGGCCACGGCGCACCGGACGCCGGCGCCGACACCGACGACCCUGUCCUGCCGGCGCCGCCGCCGUUCCACGACCGCCGCGCCCUGCGCCCGCGCUGCCCGCCGCGCGUCGCCUUCACGCACCCGGAGUACAACAGCCGCGGCGUCAGCGCCGUCUCAAACGGCAACGGCAACGCGAACGAGGCGCCGCCGAGCCUGCUGGGGCAGCCGCUGGCGCCCGUGUCGCUGACCUUCACGGCGGCGCACCUCCUCCGGCUCAAGCGGCAGUGCGCGCCGUCGCUCAAGUGCACCUCCUUCGAGGCGCUCGCCGCGCACGUGUGGCGCGCGUGGGUGCGCGCCCUGGACCCGCCGGGCGCGCUCCGCGUCAAACUGCUCUUCUCCGUGAACGUGCGGCGGCGCCUCAAGCCCGAGCUGCCCCGGGGCUACUACGGCAACGGCUUCGUGCUCGGGUGCGCCGAGUCCACGGCGGCGCAGCUCACCUCCCCGUCGUCCUCCUCGGCCGCCGCGCGCUACGGGGUGCGGCUGGUGCAGGACGCCAAGGAGUGCGUGGACGACGACUACGUGCGCUCCAUGGUGGACCUCCUGGAGGAGCGGCGCGGCGCCCUGCCGGACCUGGCGGCGAGCCUGGUCAUCUCGGCGUGGACGCGCCAGGGGCUGGAGGACCUCGACUUCGGCGCCGGGAAGGCCGCGCACAUGGGCCCGCUCACCAGCGAGAUCUACUGCGUCUUCCUCCCUGUAAUGGGCGACCCGCAAGGCGUCACCGUGCUCCUCUCCGUCCCGCAGUCCGCCGCCGACAAAUUCCAGCACUGCUGCCUCGAAUUCCUCAAGGACACAGACGUGGACGCAAAGCUCAGCUCACCAUGCAUUCUGCACGCUAUAUCAGAAAAUGAGUCAUGA